AUGUCAAUUGCGCCAGGUCGAUCUUCACGUCCUUCCUCUGUCGUGGUACCACCUCAGCGUCAUGAAUCCAUGAAGCAACGAGCCCGCCCCAUCAGCCAACGCUACCACAGUGACUAUGAUCGAGACCCAGGUCCAGAGACGAGCUUGCCUUACCUCCAGGAUGGCUGGCGGACGCCGGUCGUGGAAGACCCAGAACACCAUGCCCAUCGAUCAAGACACCUCAAUAAUGUAUCGCUACUUCAAAGCACCACGGGGCCACGGGAGGACUCACAAACGACGAUACCAGGCGAUGAGGCUCGAGAGGCAAACAAGGGCGAGAGGGUUCCGGAUGAACAACCAAGGGUCCUCUCCUGGUCACAACGCAUGAAACACGUUACGUGGGCGUGGUUCACGCUCACAAUGGCCACGGGGGGCAUUGCCAAUGUUUUGUAUACUGUGCCGUAUCACUUCCACGGUCUCUACGCUAUCGGUGUCGUCGUCUUUCUGUUGAACAUUGUCCUGUAUAUCGUCAUUUGGGCCAUGAUUAUAACCCGAUUCACGCUGUACCCGUGGACCUUUCGGGCGAGCUUUACUCAUCCUACCGAGUCACUCUUUGCGCCGGCCUUUGCCGUCUCCUUUGGCACCAUCUUGAACAAUAUCGUGCAAUAUGGAUCAGGUUAUGUUGGACCCUGGCUCAAUCGGACCGUCUUGAUCCUCUACUGGUUCGAUUGUGGCCUGGCCAUCUCUUUGAGCAUCAUCAUCUACCUCGUUCUCUGGUCCACCCAAACAUUCACCAUUGCGCGGAUGACACCCAUCUGGAUCUUCCCGGCGUAUCCUUUGCUGAUCAUCGGUCCACAUGCGGCCAGCAUCGCCAACAAGGCACUGAGCUCGAAGGCCGCGAUCCGUAUCUUGGUUGGCGGCUUCACGAUCCAAGGCAUCGGUUUCCUUGUCUCGCUCACCAUCUAUUCGGCCUUUGUAUAUCGACUGAUGACGCAGAAACUGCCCGCCGAACCACUUCGACCCGGUAUGUUUGUCUCGGUCGGUCCUUCGGCCUUCACAGCCAGUGGAACCAUCAACAUGGCCGAUAAUCUACGUCGUGUCCUCGCUACGUCUCCAUCAUCUACUUUCAUGGAUGUGCCAGCGGUGCUUGCCUCCCAGAUCUUGAGGCUGGUCGCCUCCUGGAUGAGUCUCUGGCUUUGGGGUCUGGCGUGGUGGUUCUUCAUCGUCAGCUUGCUCUCUAACGUGGAUUGUCUGCGCAGCAAGAAUCGCAUCCCCUUUGCCAUGACCUGGUUCAGUUUCAUUUUCCCUCAGACGGCCCUCACCAUGGCCACCUUUGCCAUCGCCGAGGCGUUCGACGUCGGUGCCCUGCGAGUCAUUGGCUGCGUCAUGACAGUCUUGUUGAUUGUGGCGUGGUUCGUUGUCGUCGGUUUUAUGAUCCGGGCCAUCGUGAACAAACAGAUAUUAUGGCCCGAGAGCGGAGAGGAUAAGUCGGAAGGUGGGUUCAAGGCCCGACAAGACGAGAGAGGUCAUGGUGCAGACCACGCGGUCAGACGACGAGGGGAGUCGCACUGCUGA